CAGGAUACGAAAAUGAAAGUCGGAACGUCUGUUGUUUUUUGUUUUUUACCACGGCUUUGGUUUGAACUAACUCUUAGAUCUGCAUGUGGAACAGCUUCAGGUUUUGUACCUGAGUUCAGCAGGUGAUGGAACUCGAGAGACCUAAAUUUGAAUCAGUUGAAACUGAAAACUUGGAGAAAUGGAAGUUAAUUGGCUUUGGUGGAUUUGGUCAAGUCUUCAAAGCUAGACACAAGAAGUGGAGGUGUGACGUGGCCAUUAAGCUACCUCGAGAUGCUGAUGGGGACAUAGAACUGUGUGAGGAGGCAAAUCAUAUGGCCCAAGUCUCCUUCCACAGUUCUGUGCUGAGGCUUUAUGGAAUAUAUAGUGGAUAUCCACCAAAUGGAGGGCAGAAAAUUCAGUUGGGAAUUGUUAUGGAGUUCAUGGAUAGAGGAUCUGUUCAGACCCUGCUGGAGACUUUGUCAGGUCCACCACCAUAUCCUCUGGCCUUCCGCUUGGCCUACGAAAUCGCUCAAGGAAUGAACUUCCUCCAUGAGAAGGGCAUUUUGCACCAUGACCUAAAGCCAAGCAAUGUACUGCUGGAUGGUGACCUUCAUGCCAAGCUGGCAGAUUUUGGUCUGUCCAGGGUUUCCACCAGUGUUCUGAUGAACUCCAAAGAAAUGUCCACAGUGAAAGGAGGCACACCUGAGUACAUGCCUCCAGAGUCUUUUGAUCCAUUAUAUGAGCCUGUUCGUAAAUUUGACAUAUACAGCUAUGGUAUUCUUCUGUGGUCUAUUAUUUGCGGAAAAAAGCCUUUUCCAGAUGCUGAUCCAGGUCUUGUGAAAGUGAGGAUCCCAAAGGGGGACAGACCUCCCUGUAAAGAAAUAGACCAGACAAAGGCAGAAGGGCUGAGAGAGCUGGUUGGCCUCAUGGAGAGGUGCUGGGAUGGAGAUCCAUCCAAGAGGCCAGACUUUGGAGAGUGUGAUGAAAUCACUAAGGAUGUGUUCUCAAAGCACAGGGCGGGGAUUCACCAUGCAGUCGGACAAGUCAUGAAAAAAUUGGAUUCACAACAUGGUAAUCAAUAUCCUGACACAUGUGGUCCACCCGGUGUUAAUCAUGAGAUGCGAGGACAGUCAGAGUCAAAUGAUAUUGUUGAUGCAAGAACUGAAAUGCAGAAUAUGCAGCUUGAUCAUCAACAGUCCAACACAUCGAGUCCAUCUGGUUUUACUGCUGAGAUGCCAGCAUCAAAUGAUACUUUGGACAUCCCAUUGCAGCAGAAUAAUGUGAGCAGUUCUGCUAGAAAUCUGACUGAACAUGAAAAAGCAGCAGAAUUUGUUGAUAGAAACAGGAAAACGUUAAUCCAAGAAGUUUCUGAAGUGCUGGCGAUAGCAGAAGAGCUUGGAGACCUGGUCCAUCCUGAAGCCUAUUCAAAGAUUCGAGCUACACGGACAAGUCGAGAUGGAAUGAGGGAGCUCUUUGAUGGACCACUGCGUUCAGGAGGGCGGAGGGUCAAAGCAGCCUUCUUUGAUGCCCUUAAAAAACAUCAUCCAGAUCUAGUGGAGAGGCUUGGUGGCUAGUUCCAAAGCAGUUGUGGCAUUCCUGCAUUUUAUGUACAUAAGGUCAAAGACUUCCUUUUUUGCUUUAGUGUUUCUCUUUUAUGAAAAGCUAAUGGAAAUUAUAUCUUUUUUAAGCAUUGUUUGAUGAUGUUUUGUUGCACUGUAUUUGUUUUUAGAAACCAUGACAGGGGGGAAAAGGGAAAAAAGAAAAGAGCAAUCAGUGUCAGUCCUGUGCUUAUCUGGGACUCAUCAUAAGCCUUUCAUGUCACAUAUUAAUUACGCCACCAAUGCUCGGCUGCGUUGCUAUGACUAUGGCCAUGCAUAUUAGGUGGCACUUGAUUGCAAUAGACAACCAGUUGAUCCAAGUUCAGUCCUGGUGAUCCGAGUAGGUACUAACGGAAAAUGGAUUUCAACAUCCUUUUCAGAAUCCUCCUGUAGAUUUGUAUACAAAGGAAAUGACACCAAUUUCCUAGAGGGACUCCUCCUGUCUUUCUCUCUGGACACCCAGUCACCAUUGUUAACAUACGUGAUGUCCACCCAAACCUUAUCAUUCUCCCUCUCUGACUUUUCUGAUUUAAGCUGAUUUAAAACCAAGUUUAAGCUUAAAUAGUGCUAAAGGCCUCAGACAUGAUUUAGAUAUUAGUCUUACUUUGCACUCUAUACACAGAUGUUCUUCUGAUGUGACUGUAAAUGAUCACCUCUCUCCCUGUUAAUGAUAAUAAACUGGUGCUACCCCUCAACCUCCUAGUAGAUGUACAUGCAGAGUCCCAGGUGUCUUUCUUCUUAAAUGAUGUGAUUCACAAGAUUUUGGAAAAUUUGACCUCUGACCUUGACAUUACUUUCAAGGUUACUUAGAUUUGAACUUUUGGUUGCUGAAACUAUAGUUUGAAUUUCAAAAUUCACAAAGAUUCCUAGAAAACUUGACCUCUGACCUUGACCUUGACAUCGAGGUCACCGAAAGUUGAACUCCUCCAAGAUUUUUAGUAGCUGCAACCGUUGUAUGAAUUUCAAAAUAUUAUGUCACCUCAUUUUUGAGUUAUUGCAUUCAGAAACCUUGGGUCACCACGCCAUCCGCCAGGGGAAUUAUGACAAUACCCCAUCACAGGAGUGUGCGAGGGUGCAGCUCAAGCGUGAAGGAGUCUUUGCAUCAACUACGUGAACAUUACUGACUCACACUGGAAUAAAUUGGCAGCGGAUAAAUCAAUGAAAUGUUUAAACCUAGUUGCAUGGAUCAUAGUGUCAUUAAAUCUUUGGAGCAGCAUGUGAUUUAUGUGACAGUGCAGUUAUUUUGUUUUUCUUGAAACAAACAAGCUGUGAAGAAGUUGUAAACUUGACUCACUUAGUCAAAAGCAUAAAACUCCAAAGUAAAGUCCUGAAGUAAAACAGUUGUUUUAUUACAUGGAAAUGAUCGGCCAGCUGGAAAAUGUUGAAAAUUCAAUCAAUUAGUGGGAGUUUUUAAAUUAAUGGCUCCAGUAGGAUAGACAUGCAAAUCCUGGCACUUAUAUCCACUUUUGAAAGAUUGUUUCAGUUUUCUGAUCCACUAAAGUGCUUCAUGUUGUUACACCAAAACUACCAAAAAUAAAUGUAUCCAUAUAA